CCUGCCUGGUGAUAUAAUGGAAUAUAAAUACAAUUAUUUUUCAUUGAUGAACAGUGAAAUCAUGUUUGAACAUGUGCGCGCUGUUUUUCUAAUAACACCGGCGUGAAUCCCCGGUGGUUUGCAGAGAUAUCUGCCUAACAGCGCCUCUUAGCUGCGCUGAAAUCUCUGUAAAGCGCCGCAUCGCAUCUUUAUCGCUUGAUUUCGGACUUGCCUUGUAUAGUCAACAACACCGUCUCCUGCUAAACAGCCACUGCUGUCACACGCAAGCGUGAAAUCUGACGUGAUGCUCUUGCCACCGUCCCAUUCAACCGCUUGUUGGGAUCCUCCCUUCAGACAGUCGUGCGUAUGCGCUGGUAACGAAACAACGGCAUUGUCAGAGCAGUGCUUAAACAGAAACGACCAAUUAACAGAAAGAAAUCAAUAGGUAACGUGAUCUGGAUUGAUUUCCUGCGGCAAUGUAAAGAUGGCGAGAGUGCUCCACAACUUGCUCUUAUUUCUAAUCAGACUUGCGCAGAAAAUCAGAGUUUUGGGGUAUUGGUCAUUGAUAUACGGUUAUUGUGCUCUUUGCACCAUCGUAGCCCUGCUCAAACUUUGGUGGAACAUCAUCUUGAGGCCGACAACAACCUUCCAAUGGGUGAUUCGUGAAACUCCCCCGGCUUGCCUGAAUGACACGUCCUUGGGAACCCACUGUUAUGUUCGGAUCAAGGAGUCCGGCCUUAGGUUUCACUAUGUUGCUGCAGGAGAGAGAGGAAAGCCACUCAUGCUGUUUCUGCACGGCUUCCCUGAGUUCUGGUUUUCCUGGCGCUACCAGCUGCGGGAGUUUAAGAGUGAAUUCCGUGUGGUGGCCAUCGACAUGCGGGGCUACGGGGAGUCAGACUUGCCACUCUCCAAUGAAAGUUAUCGCUUCGAGUACCUAGUUACCGACAUCAAGGAUAUCGUGGAGUACUUAGGAUACAACAGAUGUUGCCUCGUUGGCCAUGACUGGGGUGGGACCAUCGCGUGGCUGUUUGCUAUUCACUACCCAGAGAUGGUGACAAAACUCAUUGUCCUGAACUGUCCCCAUCCAUCUGUGUACGCAGAUUACGCUCUGCGUCACCCGAGCCAGCUGCUGAAAUCCAGUCAUUUCUUUUUCUUCCAGCUGCCCCGCUUCCCGGAGCUCAUGCUCUCCAUCAAUGAUUUCAAGGCUCUGAAAGCCUUGUUCACCAGCCGCAGCACAGGGAUCGGGAGGAAAGGCCGAUGGCUCACUGCAGAGGACUUGGAGGCAUAUCUGUAUGCACUCUCACAGCCAGGAGCUCUGACUGGAGCUCUCAACUAUUACAGGAAUGUCUUCAGCUCCCUGCCCCUGAACCAGAAUCACGUCAGGUCCCCGGUGCUGUUGCUGUGGGGCGAACGCGACGCGUUCUUGGAGCAGGAAAUGGCCGAGGCAUGCCGCCUGUACAUCAGAAACCAUUUCCGUCUCAACAUCAUUUCUGGGGCCAGCCACUGGCUGCAGCAGGACCAGCCUGAUAUCGUGAACACCCUCAUAUGGACCUUCCUCAAGGAGGGAGAGGGACGCAAAAGCUACAGGAACUAAACCCACACCGAGGCCUCCUCCAACCAAGCCCCUCUCUUCCCCUCUCACUUGCCACUCCUGGAAGCCUGGAAUAUGCCUGUGAUACCAAGCAACAUAGUGAUAAUGCAAUCAUUCUUUAAAAUCUUACACAUUUCAAAUAUUUUUUAAAGACGUCAGCAGUAAAGGAAAGAAUCAAAGCACACUUCACUGGAGAGGACACUCAGCAGUACGCGUGACACAUAUUCAAGAUGUUUUUUGCACAUGACAUCCGCCUUAAAGUUUGUCGGUUACAGCAUUACAAAUGUGUGGCAGAAUCUCCUUGUGACUUGUAUUGUGUGGUGCCUUUUAACUUUCGAGUUGUUGCAGUGUAAAGAUGUCCUGAGAGAUUGGGAUGUGGCAUCGUCUGCUAUACUUGUAUGUUUCACUGGGUCGCUCCACUCUACUUUGGGCACAGUCCUUUGGGAGCCGUAACUCUCCCACUCCCUUUAUCAGGUAGUGUUGUCUAAAGGAUUUUUUCUUUUUUGUAUAUUUUCCUUAAAGAUAAUUGCUCAAAUGUAGAGAAUGUUGUUUUCUUGAUCUUCCUGUAUAGCAAUGUCAGUGAUGGUUGACUAUUGUGCUCUUUUGUAUCUCUUCCUACACACUGCAUUUUGAAAUUCACUGAGCCAGGUCUACACCAUUUGAUUUUAUAAAUAAACUAAGUAAGUGUCAA